CGGGACAACAACAAGCAUUAUUACGCCAGCAUGAGCAACUUUUGAGUGAUUUUGCGUAAAAUUUUCAGUGAUAAAAAGUGAAAUUAGCUAAAUUUUGAACCAUGGACAGAACGGAACCGUUCCCGCAGCCGAACUUUCAAGAGCAGCAGCGAAAUGCAUUGAACUAUCAAUUUUCGCCGGAAGAGCUGAAGGUGCUGCAGGAGUGCAACCGGGAGGCGUUCUUCCAACGGUCGCUCCCACUGGGAACCGUGUUCGGGUUGGGAACGUACUACGCGGUCCAGCGGGGUCUUUUGAAGGGCGGUGCUCGCUUCGGCGCGGGUCCGAAGGUCUUCAUCGGGGUCACGUUCGGGUACUUCCUGGGCAAGCUGAGCUACCAGAGCAAAUGCGCCGACAAGAUCAUGCGGCUGCCCAACUCGCGCCUCGCCGACAUCAUCCGGCAGCGGCGCCAGGGCGGCGCGGCGGGCGUCGAGCGAUUGCUUCCCGAUCAGAGCCUCGGCGCCGGCAGCAUGCUGUCUCCGUUUGGACCGACCACGCCGAGCGAUACCGUCACCGGGGAUCACUACCGGCGGGACUUUAACCUGGACGUCCACGUGCCGCAGUACGCCGGACUGGACGAUAACGAGCGGCCAACGAUUGAUUCAAGCCGCCAGCUGGACGAAGACCUCCAGCUUCCGCCGAGUCCCCCGGUGACCAAGUCGUACGAGGAGUUGCGCCGCCAGAAUCGGGAAGAUUACAUCCGCCGGCAGCAGGCGCCGUACCGGGCGCCCCCGGUCCAGGAGGAGACGCCGCCGCAGAUCAGGCGCGAAGCAGCAAGGGUCGAGCAGCCGCAGCAGCCGAGCCAGCCCCAGAUGAAGAACAAGUACGGCGAUUCGUGGUCAUAGACGGCGUUACGGCCUCUUUCCAUUUAUGUUCUGUUCUCUCCGGUAGUCGUUGUUGUUGGUCAAUUUCCUAACCUAAAUAAAGAUUGUGCUUGGAAGGGA